AUGUUUCAUGCCCUCCAGCGCAUCAAUCUCAGCGCUCUCGUGGUCUUGUUGGUUCUGGUCCUUGCGACUCGUUCUGUUAACCCUUUCAAGGGCAAAAAUAAGGCAGUAUCUGGGGGCGAUGCAGCCGGUGAGCUCAUGUCGAGGGAGCUGGAAUUCAUUCUCUCCACAGAAUUCCCUGUCAUCGAUUCAGAGCAGUGCGAAAAAAGAUGCCGGGAUAUAAUGGAAAAAUACAAAGAGGCUCGCUCGGAGAUCAAAGCUGGUCCCUAUGCUCAUGAUCGAUGCAAUCUUGGUUGGAUGUACUUCGGCUGGCGAUUCUCCUUAGGCAAUUUGCCAUUCGACGUCAGACUGUUCAGCGAUCAGACGAAGGCGUUAGUUGGCGAGCUUCAACAAAUGAACGGAGAAGCAGGCAUCAGACCAAGCGAACCAAGUUCAGUGCAUGGCAAGGGAAAAGAACCGAUGCAUUCCGAGCUCGUUCCCAGAUUCGAAAACAACACGCUGUCGGUCUACAUCGAUAGACUCUGGGAUCAAAUCGAUAGGGCUGUUGAUUGGGUUCGUUUCAAAACUCCAGUUCCAGAACCUGGAAACUUUCCAGCAAUUAAGCCUGCAAUUGGCCAUUGUUCAGCUUUACUUUUUGCCUCGACAGCUUCGUGCUCUACGGCCUCAUCAAGUCAAGCGAACUUACUCCCUCUCAAAUACCUUUUGACAGCAAUCACGGCUCAGUUUUGGCGUGCAAGUGAUAUUGGCAAAGCAAGAAGGGAGGAAGCUCACCAAGCUGCAGAGGCUGAACGUCGCAAAAGAGCAGAAGAGAAGAAGGAUGGCAAACGAGCAGGAGCAAAGAAGGGUAGCAAACCAGCAAAAGAAGACCCGAGGAUGUGUACAUGCGACAUUGGCAUUGUUGUUGAGGAUGCUUUUUGUGAAUGA